AUGUUUUUCCCCUUGUGGUUUCUUGCGGCUUCUUCCGCGCUCAGUGUGGUGGAGGCAGGUCCAGUCGGGAAGAAAUCCAAUAUCAGAGAGAGGAUAAACGGCUUUUACGCUCUCGAUGAGGUCGACUUGCUGCAGGAGGACAAACUGAAGAACUUUGAUGCCUAUCUCGCUGCCAACCCAGCCAAGUCAGGAUGCACACUCGAGAACGCCGCAAGGCGUCUCGAAUGGGGCGACCUCACGGUUUCACAAAGGGAAGAAUACAUCGCCGCCGUCCUUUGCCUACAAUCCAAACCGCCAAUUUCGCCAAGGGACAAGUACCCCGGUGCGCUCAGUCGCUAUGAUGACUUCGUGGCGAACCACAUGACAUUUGCGAUGCAGCUGCAUUCAACACCACACUUGCUCCCAGCGCAUCGUUUGUUUAUCCAUCAAUAUGAAAAGGCUCUUCGCGAGGAAUGUGGAUACACAGGAUACCAACCAUACUGGAACUGGGCGCGCUACGCAGACGACCCGGUGAACUCGGCCAUCUUCAACGGCAAUAUGUCCAGCAUGGGCGGCCAAGGUCUCCCUAUUGAGUACGACGGCGUUCCCUCCAUGGGUUUCGAGCCACCCUACGACAUGAUCCCACCCGGCGGUGGGGGAGGCUGCGUAACUGAAGGUCCAUUCAAAAAAAUGAACGUCAGCCUCGGCCCCAUCGGUACCGUCCUCCCUGACGUCCCGCCCAACCCACAAGCCGACGGUUUCGGCUCCAACCCACGGUGUCUCCGCCGCGACGUGAACAAGUAUUCUGCCGCGGUCACCAAAGCCAACUACACGUAUGCUCUCAUCACCGAGAAUGAUGACCCAGACAAGUUCGAGCGGGUCAUGCUGGGUACGCCUGAGAAUAACGAUUGGGGUGUCCAUAUGGGGGGUCAUUACACCAUUGGUGGGGAUCCCGGAGGUGACUUUUUCGCCUCCCCAGGCGACCCCAUGUUCUGGUUUCACCACGGCAUGAUAGACCGCAUUUGGUGGAUUUGGCAGAUGCAGGAUCCGGAGAACCGUAUGCAUGUCGUCCCUGGAAGCCCGCCUGCCGACGACAUUGUGGAUCUGGCUUGGGUGGCACCACCAACGCUUCUUUCGGAUCUUCUGACUAAUAUUGGCGGUAACGAUGGGGACUUCUGUUAUAUCUAUGACUAG